UGACGUGUUCCUCUCAGUUCUCAGAGACUCGGUUCAAAUGUUGGAUCGCUCUGCUCAUCUCUGCGGUUCUGUCUCUCUCCCUCUCUUUGUGUAAAUAUAGACCAGACAUCCGACAUAUGAUGAUUAUAGGACACGUAUGAUUUCACAAUAAAACAGAUUACAUGAGUAUAGAAGAAUAUUUUGAAGAAGAUGAAGAACCACCUUUACUGCUCAGCUCCUGUCUGUCUGAUCCUGCUGGAGUUAUGGGGGACGUUAGCGGCGCAGUGCCGGUGGGAGGACGGGUGUGUGUGUCCGCUCUGUCCAGCCGGACAGGAGCCCACCACGGCUUGCGGGGAGGUUGAGGGUCCUGGUGAGACUGGAUUGUGCCGGACUUGCCCAGCAGGCACCUUCUCUGAUACCCAUGACACUGAGCCGUGCCGCCCACAUCUCUCCUGCAGGGCACUGAAGCGCUGGAUCUCGACCGCACCGACCUCGCAUUCUGACGCCGUGUGUGGAGGAUGUCUUCCUGGGUUUCACCCUGCUGCUACAUGGAAGUCCUCCACCCUCCACGCCUGCGUCAGGAAGCCAUACAGCCGGCGGAGACGUAACGUUGUUAAGAGCGCCCCCAACAGGUCUGGAGUGGGAGGUGCAAACGCCACCAGCGUUCAGGGUCCAGAGGAGAAGAGCACAGAGUACGCGGUGUUUGCACUGGUGCCCAUCUUCUGUGUGAUGGGCCUGCUGGGAAUUUUCAUCUGCAACCUGCUCAAGAAGAAAGGCUACCGCUGCAACGCAGAGAAAGACGGGGUGGAUGCAGAAGCCGCCACUCCACAGAAAGAAGGAAACCCUUGUCCUUACAUUGUUGAUGACCCCAAUGAAGACACCAUCAGCAUUCUGGUGCGGCUCAUCACAGAGAAGAAAGAAAAUGCGGCUGCUCUGGAAGAACUUCUGCAGGAAUAUGAGAAUAAACAGAUGGCCCUCAACAAGAGCUCAUCCAUCAAGUUUCCGGCUCUUCCUCAUUUCUCUCCGUUCCGGUCGUUGCCGCGGCUGUGUUCUCAUCAGCAUCAUUUGCACACUAUAAAUGGGCUGGCCCCGCGCUCCGGCCUCUGCUGCUCCCGCUGCAGUCAGAAGAAGUGGCCCGAGCUGCUGCUGCCCAUCGAUACGCACAAGAGCCGCACUAACCUGGUCAAGGCUCCGGAGGUCACCAUCCUGUCUGUAGGGAGGUUUCAAGUCGCUCAGAUCCCAGAAGUGAAGUCAGCUUCCAAGGAAGUGACCCAGCCGGAAGCGAGCGAUACGGACUCCAUGGACAGCGGCCACACCGAGCCUGCGGAAGAGCGUUCCCUGCUGGGCGUGUCCUCUUCCUGUAACUCCGCCUCCUCAAAGUCCAGACAGGAGAUGAACAUCUGAAAGGCCGAGGAGGACGUCCAGGACGGGACGAUCGUGUGGCGAUGAUGUCAGUAUUCAUCACCUUGAGGAGCCUUGAAUUCAAGACCUUAGGAAACACUCGUAUUUAUUGCAUAAGUCAUAGAACUACGGUAUUUUAUUAAGAAACAAGAAGCUCUGUCUCUGCAAGCAGAUAAUAGCAGAGCGAAGGGCAUUUCCUCCGAAAGCAUGUGUGCUUCCACAAGACACUAAAGAGGUCUUCAGUGCAGAAAACAGCGCUCAGAACAACCAGACACCAGUGAGACGUUCUCUCCAGUUAGAAAACAUUACCAAGUAUUAUGAGAAACUAGCUUAAUUUACAUCUCUCUUUUUUUACUGUAGUUCUGUUUUUUAGUAUUUAAGAUUUUAAAUGAAUUGAUAUGUACAGUCAUGGUCAAAAGUUUGCAAACCUCUUGUUUUGUUAAUAAUAAAUAAAAGAAAACAUACAAAAACACAUGCAUAUAUAUUCUUUUGUUUUUAUAAAAAUUAGUAUUUGGUGGUUUUUACUCGCAAUGGUACAGGAUAUACACAAAUAUUUCUUUAAGAUGGUUUACACUAGUUCACCAAUUAAAAUCUUUAAUACAGCGAAUGGGCUUCAGUUUUGGAAUAAAUGACACUCAUGUGACUAAAUCAGAAAUAAUGAACAAAAGGAGAACACAAGUAACCAAGGAAACAAGAACCAAACACAGGAAAUGGUAACCCUGAAAUAAUCAAAGAGGCUUAUAAUCAAAGAAACUACAAGAUAAGAACAGGAAACUAAAGCAAAACUUCAACACAAAGGUCAGAAACGGGAAUAUACAUGACUAAUGUACAGCAGCACUGAACCUUAAAUGUGUGAAUGUCAUAAUAUUUGAUAGCAGAGGCCAGAAAUGUAACUAUGGAUAUGUUCCACUAAUGACAGCAAAUGAUUGGCUUGAAGAGUGUGCUGAAGUCUUUUUAUUCAAAUAAGCUUGGUUUGAUAUUUUGCAGUGGUUUGAUACUAAUGCAGUGAUAUUCAGACAUUUUUAAGUGUGGUUAAAUACUUCUUGGGACCACUAUGUUUCACAUUUUUGGUUUGCAUUUUAAGGAUUUAAAAAACCAGCGGCUAAUUGUUCCACAAUUUAAACCUGCUGAUGUAAAUAGCACAGAAAGAGUAGCAGUAUCACUUAGAAAUGAGCAUUUUCAAGUGUUCACAAGCUUUUGACCAUGACGGUAGGAUGUAAUAUUUCAUUUAUUAACACACAAGCUCUUUCACACCACAACCUUCAGCUCAUCAGCUUUAUUGAAAAAAGAAAACAAAGCAACAUGCUGUAUUCAUUUAUAUCUCUAGGAGACGCUUUCUGAUAACACAGCAUGCAAAUCUGAGGACGGACUGCUGAGAGAAUCAUGCUAGAAGCUAAACUAAAAAAAGGUUUUAUUGUUCCUUCUGAAAGUAUUAUCAUCUCAAGAACAUUUGUAGCGCCUCAGACUAGCUGUCUGCUUCUUUGCUACAGUAUGUAACACUAAUGAAAUAUAUUAGCUGACAUUCUCAGUUCUGAUAUAAAUGGAAAUAUGUUACAUAUCAGAUUUUUUAAUGUGUGAUUUCAGUGUGAACAGUUGUGGUUAGAAUUUACAAGAUUUUUUUAAAUCAAACUUUAUAGUCAUCGUGACUGUACUUCCUUUUGCAUACAUUUUAAAAUCAUUUAUCAACUUUAUUAAGUACUAUACACAAAGGUGCAAAAAUAUUUUUUUUUAAUAUACAAGUUGAAAUUGUCAGAAGUGACAUAUAGAAAUAAAAAUGCAUAGAUUUAGGACCAGAAGCUUAACGUUCAUCUAACGACAAAUUACAUUAAAACAUAAUAUGGAAUAGUUGUCUUUAAAAAAAAUUCAAAAAGCAGCAAAAAUUAUUUUAUUA